CCAGCUGCACAUGGACGGAAGGUCAGGAUCGGGCAAGGGUCGAGCAGCUAUUGAUUGGAACUCAUCGGCAGGAUGGGAGUUGGUUGGACCGGCGCGCCACAGCGCGGUGGCAUGACAGCGGGCUAACUAAUCGGCCGAAGCACGAGGUUUCGAAAGAUGUCGGACAGCGAGGAGGACAGUUACGAUUGGGAGACCCCAGUGACGAGCGAGUGGUUGGAGGCGAUAUUAGCAUCAUAUCACCAGCAAGAGCUCCAUCACAGUAGUGGAGGCUGCAGCGGCGGAGAUGAUGACGAAGAAAGUGGUGCAGAACUCCGUGUAAGCAUAGGCGAAUUCUCCGUAGGGCCUGGUUGUGACGCAGGGGAGUGUGUUUUGAGCGACAUCCUGGCAGUGAAGGUCCAGUAUCAGGUUUCCCCAGGGACCCCCGACACACGUUCUCUCAGCCUCAUCGUCAAGUUGUUGCCGCAUGACCCUUUUAGCAGAUACUUCGUCACCGAGGCGCAGUUUGAUCUCCGUGAGAUCAAGUUUUACACUCAGGUGGUACCGGAGUUGGAGCAGUUCCAAAGACGCUGUCUUCCCGCAGACACACCGCCUCUGGAGAUACCUAUCCCGCGCUGUUACCACGCUCGCUACACCCAGGGAAAGGACAGUCCCGACUCUAGUCCUACGCCAACUGAGUCUGUUCUAGUGCUGGAGAACCUUAAGUCGAGAGGCUUCCAGGGAGCAGAUUUCUCGCGAGGUCUCACUCUGAGACAAGCAGAAUCAGCGCUUGAGGCUGUAGCACGUCUACACGCAUUGUCACUGGCGCUGAAGGUGAAAGAGGGCCGCCCUCUAGCAGAGAGGUAUCCAUUCUUGUUCCAAACAGCGAAAGCCACGGAUUCCUAUCAGCAACUAGUCGAGCGUGGACUGCCUCAGCUAGCACGCUUCCUUGAGAAACGCCCGGGCUUAGAAGAUAUCCUGGAAUGUCUUCUUACACUGCGUCCCAAAACGAAGGAACUCAUAGCCGCGCUCUUAGCUCCAGAAGAACCGUUGGCGCUAAUAACACAUACGGAUUUCUGGUGCAAUAAUCUUCUCUUUCGCGACGAUGACUUGUGCUCGUGUGCUGUGCUGGACUGGCAGAUGGUUACAUACAGUCGUCCAACGAAUGACGUGGCUCUUUUGCUGAUAAGUUCCCUGCCCACCGAGCUCCGACGUCGCCACACUACCAGUCUUCUCGACGGCUACUGGGCGGCACUGACUGAUUCUGCUGUGAGGCUUGGGGUGGAUGUGGAGGGAGACCUGGGUCAUAGUAGGGUCGCUCUAGGAGAGGAUUAUCGACGCUCACAACUUCUAGCUCUUCUUCUGUGCAUCGGUUCUGUGGACGUGGCUCUAGGAGAUCCUCUUACCGAGCAGCGGCUCUUGGACGUGCUGCAGGACUUGCAUAAAGAUGGAGUUCUUUCUUAUGAUAUAAUUAAGACUGCUGCUCAAGGAAAACUCUGAAAGGCUUUCACUGGAUGCCAAAUUUAGAACGUCAUGCUUAGUUUUUAUCUUGACUGACACCAUAUAGACAGUGGGUGCAUAAAUACGACCACAGUGCGAAAUCUGACCAAAGCACAUCGGAAAGUUGCUCACAGAGUACUGCGAACUCAUGAUAUAUGCAAUGCACGUAAAACUAAUUGCUCAUCUGUAAAAGGACGUUGUCUUCUUCGGUUAACUGUUUCUGAAACGACGAAAGCUUUCGUUAAGAAGGUUAAGUCUUGUUCAAUGCCCGUUCAGUAACUGCAGCUUAAGAAUAAGAGUUACGAAUUCAUCCUAUGAAAACUGCACAAUUUAAUACAGUAUGGACUCAAUUAUGUAGAGGCCAUGGAAAUAAGUUGAAUCAACUUCAAUCUAAAACAUACGUACAUAGAAGGGACUCAUUUCCCGAAAUAUUAGUUCAUCAUGAGUUAAUAUCAAAAUAAUAAAAAAAGAGCGUUGCUCCUCUCCAAACAUCAGUUGCUUAGAAGAUUAAUUAUCCUACAAGGCCAAAGUUACUCACUUCCAUAUGCACAGACAUACACACACACAACCUAUCUUCUCUUCCCACCCUUGAAAAGUAUGACGUUCGCUUACUGUUUACGAGUAGCAACGCCAAGGUAAUCAUACUACUGUAAACAUUAAGAGCAGAAAUGGAUUUCUGAUGAAUAUUAUUAUUAUUUAUGAAGAAGGAACAUUGACCUAAUAUUGACGACAUACAUUUACUGCAUCUGUUACGAUAAAAACUAAGAUCGUAUUUGCAGCUUUAAUAAGAAAAAUGCAUUGCUACAGCCGGCAGCUGCAGUUAAUACCUUCGUAAGUAUAAGGGCAGCACCAAACUCUACAAACAUAGGAAUACUUCACAUUUUCAACAAUAUGAAUAUGCCAAGCAAUAAACUGACUUAUUUUCGGAAUUUCCUACACCUGAUACACAGCAAACACAAUACCCUGGGGACAAGCCGUAUCCACAUGCCCUUCUGCCUUCGAUCCCUGUCAGUAGCUUUCUCCAUUAACGAAUCUUGUGUAAUGUUUCUAUUAAAAACAUUAAUACAUAAUACUAUGCGGCCAUUUGCAUAUGAGGGCCUAAACUGAAAUAUGUUUUUGGCAUUAAAAUUCACCAACACCAACAUAUUACCGUAAAAGAUACACAGUUUCAUGUUAUGCAAAUUCUGGUUGAAAGUGAUUUAGCAAAUAUAUCAAACUAAAAGACAGAGAAAGAGAAAUAGCACAGAAACUGACACAUACUUCUCUGGGAUUUAUAUUUUAUUCAAGGAUCACUAUGACAGCAGAACAGAUGCAUAAAAAUAAAACUGUGCGAAAUGGUGAAUAAUUUUGGUAUUAUAAAAGAAUGAUUCAGUAUUAUCAAGUAAGCGGCAAUAAAAUGCUGCAGAAUUUGAACAAUCUUCAUUGGAAUGCACUUAAGUAUCAGUCACUGCAUUUGCA